CUACACGACUCUAAUUCGUCCAAGUUUGAUUUGUCCGUUAUCCCAGAACCACAGCCCCCCGCCCAGAAAGGAGACGAAAAGGGUAAACCGAAUGGGCUUCCGUCGGCCCAUGUUUGAGUGAAUAUACAGGCCAUCGGCCCAAUUCAAUGGCGAACCAGUUUCACUCCUUCUAUCUGUAUCUCCCGCCGUUUCCCGCUCCUUCGUUUCCGGUUGGGAUUUCGGGGAGGCUUUUGAAAGCAGCAAAGAGAAUAGAAUUUGAGAAGAGGAAAACUGCGACUAUGGCGUCACUGGGCUCAACUGACACCAAAAUCACCCAAGGGAAGCUUGGAUACUCUCUCAACAGCCAUCCGUCUUACUUCACCACAAGUUCCUGCACUGGGCGGAACAUUCCUUUAGACAUGUUCAUGUUACAUGUUAUUUCAGGGCAUUCUGGAAACACAGAAAAGCUUGCGACUCAUCCAAUUGAAGAGCUGGAGAAGGAAAAUCCAAUCCAUUUCAUCUGGUCUGAUCCUGACUUGGAUGAUUUCCAUUUCAGGUCAUAGUUGAGAUAUUUCGGUAGAACAGGUCGAGAGUAAACUGGUAUUCUCCCCACAUAUGUCAUUUGUUGCGGAUGUUCAAUGCAAAAGGAUUCAACAGAACAGUUGUGGAAUCUGCUUCCUACAUGAAUCUAGAGUUCAAAACCCCAAGAAGCUGCACCAAAGGUCCUGAUCGCCUUGAUAUAAAUAUGAAAGGGGGGAUUUAUAUUUAGUGUUCGUCAUUAGCAAUAUAAUUCAUGCGAGCUGAGAACUGUUCUUUCUGCUCACUGUUGGAGUUUUCUGGAAUCGCUGAUGUUUUAACAACAAAAUCAUAAAAUGGGGUAGACGGUAGAAUCAUCCAUAAACA